AUGUCGUUCUGGGCUGUGAGUCGUGGCCUGACGCCGCCGGGCAAAGUGGCGCCCAAGCUGAAUCCCAAUCAGCGUCAAUUUCUCGAAGAUGAGUUGCGCUAUCGCGAGAAACUCAAGAUGCUGGCGGGUGGCAAUGCCGUCGAUGAUAUGUACGUUCGCAAGCCGGAUACCGUGGAUGAUCCUCACGAGCUUGACAAGCACGAUGCCUUCUACGACACCACCAAGAGUCUGCUGGUCCUGUUCCAGAUCAUGGGAGUGAUGCCCAUACACAGGAAUCCCCCGAUCAAGAACCUGCCGCGCACCGAGUACUCGUGGACGUCGAAGCAGGUGAUGUGGGCCAUAUUCACUUACAGCUGCCAGACAACGAUUGUGGUGCUGGUGCUGCGAGAGCGGGUGAAGAAGUUCAUCACCAGUCCGGACAAGCGUUUCGACGAGGCCAUCUACAAUGUGAUCUUCAUCAGUCUGUUGUUCACCAACUUUUUGCUGCCCGUCGCCAGCUGGCGACAUGGACCUCAGGUGGCCAUAUUCAAGAAUAUGUGGACGAACUAUCAAUACAAGUUCUACAAGACCACGGGCUCUUCGAUUGUGUUUCCCAAUCUGUAUGUGCUCACGUAUUCGCUGUGCAUCUUCUCCUGGCUGCUGAGCAUAGCCAUCAAUCUCUCGCAGUACUUUCUACAACCCGACUUUCGCCUGUGGUACACCUUCGCUUACUAUCCCAUCAUUGCCAUGCUGAACUGCUUUUGCAGUUUGUGGUACAUCAAUUGCAACGCCUUUGGCACUGCCAGUCGAGCCUUGUCGGAUGCCUUGCAGGCUACGAUUCGGGAUGGCAAGCCAGCCCAGAAGCUGACCGAGUAUCGCCAUCUGUGGGUCGAUCUCAGCCACAUGAUGCAGCAGCUGGGACGCGCCUACUCCAACAUGUAUGGCAUGUACUGCUUGGUGAUCUUCUUCACUAGCAUCAUUGCCACAUAUGGCAGCAUCAGCGAGAUUAUUGAUCAUGGCGCCACGUACAAGGAGGUGGGACUCUUUGUCAUCGUAUUCUACUGCAUGUGCUUGCUCUACAUCAUUUGCAACGAGGCGCACUAUGCAUCACGCAAGGUGGGUCUUGAUUUUCAGACCAAGCUGCUAAACAUUAAUCUGACAGCUGUCGACUCGCAACCCAGAAGGAGGUGGAUAUGCUGCUGGUGGCCAUUAACAAGAAUCCGCCAAUCAUGAACCUCGAUGGCUAUGCGAACAUCAAUCGCGAACUCAUCACCACAAACAUCUCCUUCAUGGCC